AUGCCACUUGACCUUCCCAGCCUUCACCAGCAGUAUUUAACUGGUUCGAAGGCAACACACUUGUGUCUCUUGUUGACAUGACAGAUUCUCCUGGGAGUUCACACAAUGUUCAAAAGGCACAGGUCCCUUGCUUCAGAACGCAAGAGAGAAUUAAUUUCCCCAGGAGCUACACGGUCCAUGCUGAAGAAUGACAUGAGAAAUUUUCAUUCUUUGUCGCAAUUUAUACUCUCAGCAGGCCCUCUAAAAUCAAUUCCAGCAGUUAAACAUGCAAAAACUAUUCACUUUGAGAUUGAAAUACUUGAUGCUCAAACCAGAAAGCAGAUAUGUAUUGUGGAUAAGGUGACACAAAAGUCUACUAUUCAGGAUGUUAAACAAAAAUUUCACAAAGCAUGUCCAAAGUGGUAUCCAUCUCGAGUAGGCCUGCAGCUAGAACGUGGUGGGCCCUUUUUGAAGGACUACAGAACCAUUCAAAGUAUUGCAGUUUCCUCCAUUAUCACACUCUAUUUUACAGACCUAGGUCGACAAGUCAGUUGGACCACAGUAUUUUUGGCUGAAUACACAGGACCUCUGCUAAUAUAUCUCCUCUUUUAUUUGAGGAUCCCAUACAUAUAUGACAUCAAAGAGAGCGCUAGAAGAUUACGCCACCCAGUGGUGCACUUGGCCUGCUUCUGCCAUUGUAUACAUUAUCUCCGAUAUCUUUUGGAAACAUUAUUUGUUCACAAGGUUUCUGCAGGUCAUACACCCUUGAAAAAUUUGAUAAAGAGUUGUGCCUUUUACUGGGGAUUCACUUCUUGGAUUGCCUACUACAUUAAUCACCCACGGUAUACACCACCAUCUUUUGGAAACAAGCAAAUUAUGGUAUCUGCUAUCAAUUUUCUGAUUUGUGAAGCUGGAAAUCAUUUCAUCAAUGUAAUGUUGGCUCAUCCCAAUCACACAGGAAGUAAUGCCUGUUUUCCAAGUCCAAAUUAUAACCCCUUUACAUGGAUGUUUUUCCUGGUUUCAUGUCCUAACUACACCUAUGAGAUUGGAUCAUGGAUUAGUUUCACAGUCAUGACACAAACAUUGCCAGUUGGGAUUUUUACGCUUCUGAUCAGUAUCCAGAUGUCUUUGUGGGCACAAAAGAAGCACAAGAAUUAUCUAAAGAAAUUCAACUCUUACAUACAUAGGAAAUCAGCAAUGAUUCCAUUUAUACUGUGAGAAAAAAAUGUCAUCUUAUAUUAAAAAAAGCAGUAUAAACUCAUUAAAUCAAACUUGAUCAAG